AUGAAUAUCCAGACCACCGAACGUGAGAGACGGGAUGCAACCGAGGACGAACUCAAAACCCUACCGCAUGUGGUGGACUCAGUCCCGCUCAUUGUUUGGAUAGCUCUUGUAGCUGGUGCGUUGGAAAGAUUCACGUACUAUGCCGUCACCGCUCCAUGGCAGAACUAUAUGCAAAAUGACCGUGAUAGUAUUGAGGUCCCGGGGGUUCUGGGUCUUGGUCAAGCAACGGCAACAAACAUCUCCAAUGCCUUCUCUUUCUUCUCAUUCAUAGCCCCUUUACCAUUUGCUAUUCUAUCCGACGCAUGGAUUGGGAGAUACAAAACAUUAUGCAUCUCUUACAUGUCAUUUGUCAACCUCGCGCCAGAUGGGAAUGUGCUGCCCCAGGCAGGGAAAGUUCUUGUAUACUCCGCCCGAGAACGAUUCCGACUCGACGCAGCAAAGCCCAGAUUCCAAGCCGAGAAAUAUGGUAGAACAGUUCCAUGGGAUAAUUUGUUUGUCUUGGAGAUGAAAAGGGGCCUCAAAGCCUGCAAAGUCAUGGCUUGCUUUGUACCAUUCUACCUAUGUAUGAACCAAAUCACCAAUAACUUUGUCUCUCAAGCGGGUCAAAUGAAGCUGGGUGUUAUCCCCAACGACACCAUUCAAGCACUGAACCCCAUUGCCUGUGUACUGCUCGGUCCGAUCAUCCAGCAGCUUCUUUAUCCCGGGCUUCAAACGUACGGUGUCGCAUUCGGGUCGAUUUCCCGUAUGACUUGGUCGUUUAUUACGAUCAGCUCGUCAAUGGGCUAUGCUGCAGGUUUGCAAAAGCUGAUCUAUACACGGGGACCGUGCUAUGAGUCUCCACGGAAUUGCGCCGAUUCGGACGGGGGUAAAAUACCCAACAAUAUCAGUGUUUGGGUGCAAACCCCCUCCUAUUUCCUGCUCGCCUUCGCCGAGAUCCUGGGAUUUACUACUCUGUCUGAGUACAGCUACUCAGAAGCACCAAAGGACAUGCGCAGCCUGGUGCAGGCCCUGCGACAGGUGACCGCUGCAAUUGGGUCUGCUUUGGGGAUGGCUCUCUCACCAGUUGCGGUUGAUCCGAAGGUGAUAUACAUGUACACAGGACUAGCGGCAACGAUGAUUGCUGCUGCUCCGGUUUUCUGGGCGGCAUUUAGGAGUUAUGACAAUAUUGAUGAUGAAGAUGGCCUGAAUGAGAUUGGAUUGAUGCAGCCGGAUAGCCAUGACGAGAUGGAAGAGACUGCAGCAAGAGCACAUCCAUAA